GAUUAUGUCUAAAUGUGGCCUUGCUUAUAAUAAUAAAAAGCACACCCCUGGAACUUCAUAUCCAGGAGCUUGUUUUGAAUUUUAGUUCCUCCUGAGUCGAUAUUGGCCUUCUUUUUCCUUUUGUUCCAGCAAUUUUUGAAAGAAAAGAAAAAAGAAAUAUUACAUUUAAAAUUAAAAUUGAGAGAAACAGAGAUGAUUUUAAAUUAUGUUUAAAAUGAAUAUUUGUACAUUAUUCCUAAUAUUUUAUGUAUAAAAUACAGUGACCAUAACAACAGCAAUAAUAAAGAACUGCUGUAAAGCUUCACAGGUUCGAGCCCUGGACCAGCGACUUCCUCAGCAGCAGUCUAACUCUGGUGUCUCUUCAUGUGAAGCGCCAGGUGAUCCGAGCGUGAGAAGCAGCGGUUACACACUCGACACUGGAAAGGCUUCGCUCCUGUGUGUUUCCUGAAAUGACGUGUCAGCUCGUCGGAGCGAGCGAAAUGCCAGCCGCAUCCGUCCCAGGAGCACUGAUACGGUUUCUCUCCUACGGUCCUGCCGGAAUGUGCGACUUGAGUUCCACGAGCAAAUGACUUCAGUCAUGGUGAAUUACAGGCACAAAUGAAAGGUCUGAGUAGCACGUGAAGAUCGAGGAGCCACAUGGAGAGGUCUGCUCAGUCCCCUGGCUCCUCCCUCUCUGCACCGUGUGACAACAACAACUCAUCCACAGAGCGGAGCUGCACUUUUCAGCUCAUUUUCCUCCUGUCAUUCCUCCUCCUAUCUUUGAUCAUUGUCCUGGCGCUCAACCCCCCCUCCCGAACGAGCCCCCUCACUCAUUUCUCCUCGGCUGCUCUUUUUUCUACUUCCCCAACUUAUCCGAGGAGCGAAACUCGAGUUGGAUUCUUUCAUUUGGGGGUGUUUCGGCAGUUUUUGGACUUUGAACUUCGGCUGCGCUCUUCCCCUCCUGUCGGUGACCAUGGCCGUGCCGGCUGCACUCAUUCCUCCAAAUCCUCUGGUGCCCCCGAUCUCCACUCCGACCACGUCCCCGCCGUCCACAACUUCAUCGCCGUCUCCAUCCCUCGCCCCUCCAUCCGCGCCGACCCUCUUCAGAUCGGAGCUGCUCGCCACCAGCAGCCCGGGCAUCCCGAGCGCGGCGCUGCCGCCCGGCAAGCCCGUCUAUUCGACUCCGUCUCCCGUGGAGAACAUCCCGCAGAACAACGAGUGUAAGAUGGUCGAGCUCCGCGGUGCCAAGGUGGCGUCUUUCACCGUGGAAGGGUGCGAGCUCAUCUGCCUCCCGCAAGCCUUCGACCUGUUCCUGAAGCACCUGGUCGGGGGUCUGCACACCGUCUACACCAAGCUGAAGCGGCUGGAGAUCACGCCGGUGGUCUGCAACGUGGAGCAGGUCCGCAUCCUGCGAGGGCUCGGCGCCAUCCAGCCCGGCGUCAACCGCUGCAAACUCAUCUCCAGGAAGGACUUCGAGACCCUUUACAACGACUGCACCAACGCCAGCUCCAGACCCGGUCGACCUCCGAAAAGAACCCAGAGCGUGACAUCACCGGAGAACCCGCACAUCAUGCCCCACUCCGUCCCAGGCCUCAUGUCCCCUGGCAUGAUCCCUCCCACAGGUCUGACAGCAGCGGCGGCGGCAGCUGCCAACGCAGCCAUAGCAGAGGCCAUGAAGGUCAAGAAGAUCAAGCUGGAGGCGAUGAGCGGCUACCACAGCAACGCCAACCACCACGUGGCCGACGGGGAGAAUGGAGACCUCAGCUCCAGCGUCGGCCUGGAACUCCCCUUCAUGAUGAUGCCGCACCCUCUGAUCCCCGUCAGCCUGCCCCCUGCCUCCGUCACCAUGGCGAUGAGCCAGAUGAACCACCUCAGCACCAUCGCCAACAUGGCCGCCGCCGCGCAGGGCCAGAGUCUGCACCCCAGAAUGGUCACUUCUGUCAUAAAGGGGUUACAGGAAAGGAUCCCGUCCAGUCCCUCCCCGGCGCCGUCCCUAGAGGACAGCAGGAGGCCGGGAAGUCACCCCUCGUCCCACCGCAGCAGCAGCGUGUCCAGCUCGCCAGCGCACACAGAGAGCUCCUCAGACCGGAUACCCGCACACCACAACGGUCUGUCCAUGAACCAAGCCCUGCUGGGCCUGUCUCCAAACAUCCCGCCUGGGCCUAAAGAAGGAGACCUGGCACACGACAUGAGCCAUGACGCAAAGCGCAUGCAUGCCGACAAAGCUCACGCUCCAUCGUACCAUCACGAACAAGACCCUCAGAUAUUGAAACUUCUCGACUUGAGGCAAAGACUCGUUCCCAACUUGAAGGACAACACCAUGUGCACCCCGACAGCCAGAGACAGUUACGAGAGGUUGUCACUGGCCGGACAGGCGCUGCCCCCUGGCUUCCCCUCGCCCUUCCUCUUCCCAGACGGCCUGUCGUCAAUAGAGACCCUCCUCACCAACAUCCAGGGUCUGCUCAAAGUUGCUAUCGACAACGCUCGCGCUCAGGAGAAGCAGGUGCAGCUGGAGAAGACGGAGCUGAAGAUGGAGCUCUUCAGAGAGCGAGAGCUGAGGGAGACUCUGGAAAAGCAGCUCGCCAUGGAGCAGAAGAACAGAGCAAUCAUUCAGAAGCGACUGAAGAAGGAGAAGAAGGCCAAGAGGAAACUCCAGGAAGCGCUGGAGUACGAAUCCAAGCGGAGAGAGCAGGUUGAGCAGACUUUGAAGCAGCCGUCGCCCACGGACAGCAUGCGUUCACUUAACGACUCUCUGACCCCGGAGAUGGAGAGUGACCGCAGCAGUGGAAGAACAGAUGCUGAAAGGACAAUACAAGAUGGAAGGCUGUUCCUGAAAACCACAGUGAUGUACUGAUAAGGCCACCAGGAGCUGGAGGAAAUAAAAAACCAGAAGAAAAAAAAGAAGGAAAGAAUGAAAGAAAAUACCCAUGAAGAUUCUCAAGAGGUUGAUGUUAGUAGAGCAGGGAGGGACGCGGCCGAACGCUGGAGGUCUGAAUGUAGAAUAACAAAUCUUUCUCUCACAUUGGCCAACGACGUAAGUACUUUGAUGAAGCGGCUUCUUUCGUAGCGGCGGGCCGGCGUGAACGAUUUUAUUGAGCACAGUAAAAACGUACCCGUGGUACACUGUUGGUAAUAACCCAUAAAUUCACAGCACUGAAGAUUUUUUAUACUGUUAUUUCCGCCAGCAAGGAAGCUCCGACAAAAGAAAUUCGACUGUUUUAUAUUUCAAAUUGAAUCGAAAAAGAGACUGCGAAAAUUCCUUUUUUUAAAAAGAAUUAGAUGAUAUACAAUCAAGUUUCCUUUUUACCAUGGUUGUACAUAACUGAUGAAACAGAGGAGAGGAAAAAAAAAUCAAACUCGAGUGGAUUGAUGCGGUUUGUGUAUAUAACGUUCUGAGGUAUUGUGUAUGCAGUAGAGCUAAUAGGUGAACAAUACCAACAUUUAUAUCCACUUACAGUUUGUUUUCGCUCUGUUUCUGAGCCGUCAUUCUUUCCUAUAGCUGCCAUUUUUGGUGAGAAAGCAUGCAGGCAUGUAAAUGUUUGUCCUGGACUUAUUGAUAUUUAAUAAAUCCUAUAAUGUGCUGAGGUUCACUCACAAGAGCCCGGGUGAUUUCCAAAACAGCAUUUCUGUUUUAAAAGACUUCUGCUGUCAAUAGUACUGUAAACUUUGUUACGGAGGAAUUUACUGUACAUUUUUGUCAUGACACGAAAUCAGCACCUCUGUGUGUGUGUUGUUUUUUUUUUCCUUUUUUAAAACGAUGAAUUACGAUCACGUGUCGGCCGGAGGAAGCGAAACAAUCAGUCAUGAGACGACUUUACAAAGGGAACGCCGGUGCAUGGCUCAGAUCCCUGUUCAGCCUUUGUUUUUGUUUUUUUUUACAGCGGGGAGGGGGGUAAAAAAAAGAAAGGCCCCGCCUCUUUACCUAAAGACUCUGGGUUUCAGUGCUAAAACGUGUAUAUUCUCUAGACAUGAGCUGAUGUCAGUCCUUUAACUGCCCUUAUGUGUUACAAUCAGAAGAGGAGGAUCGUCCCAUGUUCACACUGUGUUUGUUCUUUUUGUUCUCGAUGGAGUGUCUAGGUCUGUUGUCACUGAUAACUUAUAUAGCUUUUUCCAAAUCAUCUCUUCAUUGUACUUCAAAAUUCAAAAUA